AUGCUAAAAAACAUCUUCAACAAAGACAAGCGCGGAAAGACGGGCGGCCGCAAGCCCCAGACCCAGCCUGCACCUGGCGCCGGAGCUGUUCCAGGCAAUGUUUCGCCGGCACAGCCUAGUGGCGCACCAACGCAGCAGCCCAUGCAGAUGGCCGCUGCUGCCCCGCAGGGCUCCCCCGCACCCAACGGCAUGCGCGUCAUUUCCUCGGUGCCGCAAAGCCCAGUGCGCGAGAUCCGUGUGCCGGAGCCCAGUGUGACCAAGUUUGAUCUUUCGGGCCUGCCCGUGUACGUGAUCGGGCUUGAUCAACUUACGCCACUCUCGUCGCGCGGUGUGCCGGAGGUGUGCGUAAACAUUCACAUGCACGGGCGCACCGGGAGUGCACGCCAUGAACUGCAUCUGGCUAAAGAACUCUGGACGUACACGAUGCAGGAGCGCGAGGCCGCCAAGCAGCGUUCGCGGGUGCGCGACUUUUUGAUUGUAUGCUUUGACUCGCGCAACCACGGCGAGCGCACUACGGCACCCAAUGCACAGAAAUCGUGGAAGGAAGGUAAUUCUACUCACGCGGUUGAUAUGUACGGAAUGAUUCGCGGUACCGCUGUGGAUACGACUUUUAUUCUCGAGAUGCUUGCGCCGUACAUGUUCCCCAACGACGAGCGCAUAGUUUCCAUAUAUACCGUCACAGGCAAGAGCCUGGGUGGUCACUCGUCCUGGCAGGUGCUUGCGCAUGAGCCGCGCAUCAAGGUCGGUGUUUCGCUUAUCGGUACCCCCGAUUUCCAGAAGCUGAUUGCCAUGCGUGCGAAGAAAUCGGGGCUCGAGGACAAGCCUCCCGUUGUGCCAAAUGCUUUGCGCAAGCUUAUGCAGGCUGAGGACCCUGCUGAGACGCCGUACCGCGAGCCGAAUGCGUCGAAUCCUUUCUUUGGAAAGAAGAUUUGCGCUUGCAAUGGCGAGGACGACACGCUCGUGCGGUACUCGUACUCAGAGGAGUUUUAUAAUCAUGUACUUGUUGGCCCUCCGGGAUCGCAGGAUCAGCGCGAUGGAUUCAUGGUUUUUCUGCAGCCGAGCACCGGCCAUAAAGUCACCAGUCCCAUGCUGCAGGUCGGCGCGCACUGGCUUGGCAUGUGGGCCAUCCCUUACUAA